GCGUACGUGUUCGCAUCCAUCGCGUGGAUCUCAGCCUCAGCGGAUUAUGUCUGCGGUCGGCGAUUGUAUGGCGUCCUGCGUAGUACGUACGUCCGCUUGAACUUGACGGAGCCGUUCGUGCACGAGAUACCGGCAUCCGCAUUCGUACGGCGUGGUCCACGUCGCGAGUAAUCAGCCGCGACGAGAGUAAGAAAGGGCGACUAUUAAUAUUUGUGAGCGAAGCGGUUGAGGAGAGGCGGUGAGGCAGCUAGCGAGCCUUGCUAUAGAAGAAAGAAAGAGAGAAAGAGAGAGCGUGCGUGGAUGUGUGUGUGUGUGUGUGUGAGAGAGAGAGAGAGAGAGAGAAAAAGAGAAAAGGAGUGUAAGUGAACGACAGUAGGAGCAAGAUUAACUUCUCGUACGCCAAGUAGAGGACCUCACGCUGACUUGUUGCGUUUUCACGCAAGUAAGAUCAAGCACGCCGCUAAAUCGCUGUCGUGGUCAUGGGUAAGACGCCAAAGAAGGCGGCCCCUGGGGGCGAUGAGAGGAAUUUGUACGUUCGGAGGCUUAAGGCAACGACCGCGCCGUCGAGAGCUUCUGAAUCUAGCUUGCCUGAGAGACAGCGCGAGUACGAGAAUUCGAACAGGCUAAAACUGACUGGAAUACAGAAAAGAGUAUUACCUGGACCAGGGAAGAGUUUUAAGAGCAAACUUCGCCCUCCAACAAAAAUUGAACAUCAAACAAAGCAACACAAAAUACUAUUAAAAAAUCCAGAAAUAAAAAGUACAGACAUGCAGCCAGGAUCAGAAGAAGCUGAAGUCAAAUUGAAUGUUUCAAUUCAAAAAGAAAAUGUUACAGAAGAAAACGGUAACAACAAAGCUGUCGAAACUGAGAAAUCUGCUAUGAGCAAAGAACAUAUUGAUCAUACCUACGAAAAGAUUUCAAGCGAUCUUCAAACUACAAAAACUAUCCAGGAAGUACUUGUUGCGGACAAUAAAACUAUUCCCGAAGAAAAAGAAGUCUUAUUAAUAGAUGUUGAUACUGAAACCAAAGAAGAACAAGAGGCAAAUGACAUUAAAUUGAUAUACGAAGCGGAAUCAAUUUCUUUAAGCAAUGGAAAAGAAAUAUUAGACGAUAAACAACCAAAGGACAAUGGACAGGGAGAAAAAUUACUUACAGAAGAAAUAAAGAAUGAUAUAAAUGAGACAGAAGAGACGCAAAGUGAAGCUCCAACCAAUAAUGAAAGUUGCUCGGUUGACAUUGUUGAAUCUACCACAUCAGAAUUAUCCGAAACGUCAGAAUCUAUUAUUCAGAGCAACAUACAGAAAGAUAAAGAAAGUAUUGAUGACACUAUAAAUGAUCCAUCAUUUAUUUCUUAUGAUUCAUCUAUAAUGUUAAAAGAUGUAAAAAUUAAACUCAAUGAUUGUCUGAAAGAUAAUUCGAAGCUCUACGAUGUAAGCAAUACGGAAGGUAUAUCGAAUCAACUGUCAAAAGACCAGUCAUUUGGAAGGACGCUGAGAAACAUCUCGGGAAGACAUUCCAUCGGUCGAAUGCGACACGUUACUUUGCGUGAAAACAGGAUAUCACCGAAUAGUUCUCUUUUCGUGAAUACCUCUACUAUGUCUAUGCCACAGGAUGAAGGAAUAGAAUCUAAAAUCUUACCAUAUGGUACUGGUUUAUUAUCCGAUACUUUCUCUACGAAUGGUAGCCCAUUAGACAGAAAACGUAGAAUUGAAACAGGAAAUUGGAGUUCAGCGAAAAAGCAGAAAACAGAUGAAGAAAGUAGCAUUUUCAAUACAUCUAUUAAUCUAUUGAAAGGUUUGCGUAUACCUAGUAUGCAGGUAUCCACACCAAAAGCCACACCUUAUAAAUUCGAAUCUACGAAGUUAGACAUUAGCGGGAUAAAAAAUGAUGACAAUAAAAUGAUAGCUGAACCAAUUGAGAGUACAAAGAAAUGGUGUGUCAUCAUGUAAACUAUCAUGACAGUAAAGGUAUUAUUAUACAGAAAAAAAGUAAAAAAAUUGUAUAUUUUCGGGAA